GCAGGCAAAGCUCUCUCUGCUGCCUUAUCGUCCCGGCAUGCGCAGUUGACUUACACAGGAAUCGUGGUUCUUUAUUGUCAGUACAAGGGUCAGUAUGCGGAACAAACGCAGUUGUGAGUAAACGGUCAACGACAAAGCCCCCGGUCGAGCGCACCAAUGGCGACCAACUGCCGGGAAAAGACGAGACGGCGGCUCUUUGAAGAGCGCGGCUUGAGAAGAUCCAGUUCUGUUGACAGCGGUCUGAGGGUGAAUCACGAGGACGCUAGCUUGCCCACGGCUGAAUCAACCGGCGCUUCGACGCUGGCCACCGCAAGCGAUGCGCCCGUUCUGCGGGAGCCGUCAGUUCCAACGCCACCGCGACCAAGUCGUAGGUCACUUCCCGCGCAACAAUCGCGGCGUUGCACCUUCCAGCGACCCGUGGAACCCACGAAAUCUCAGUCAACUCUGAAGGAUAAGGUCAUCGACAUGUUCAGGCGCAACGGCGGAAGAGAUGCGGAGGACCUGGAGCUGUCGUCCACGUAUGUGACAGGUGAUAUGUGGACACCCACCUGCCGAGACCAGAAUCUGCAAGAUCGACCAUUACCUGAACGUUUUCCUGAUUUCAUCAGACGCUCCUUCAGGCGAAAAUCCUACCGUGUGCAGAAACCUCGCCCACAUUCGCCGUAGAUGUUAUCAUGUUCAAAAAAAGAUCAUGCGCAGUCUAGUGGACUUCAGAGUUCAGCGAGAGCAAUAUUCUUAACGCAUUCUAAUGACUCAAGCUACCGGCGCAUGACUACACUUUGCGAAACGUCGCAGAAGAGUUUUCCGUGUCGAAGACGGUCAGUGCUCAAAAGCCUUCAUUACUGACGUUAGAUAAUAACGACAGGCAAAUAAGGGCACUUCAUUUCUCUUCGCUUACAUCGAUAUUCGAUAUGUGCCCACUGCUGUUGUAUAAUGCAGAGCUGUUUGUUAGUGAACGGAAGACCACGUACGCAACACCCUCUUCUGGUAUGAUCAUCGUGCAAAUAUACGGGCGCGCUACUUUCAUUGCUAAGCAAGCCUGUCAUACUGGUGUUAUUUAAGUAAGUCUGUGGCGGUACUUGUUUUUUAAUGUGUAAGCAACGCGUCAGUGCGUUCUAAUAUCCAAAACCCCUCGUUAUGUACAAUUAUCACUUUUGCGUGGCAGUGCGUGCUUACCUCA